AUGACGUGGGUAUCCCUUAUAAAUUUCAAACACGAGGUGUUUGCUGAAUUUAAGAAGUUCGAAAUCAAGACUGAGAAUCAGUGUGGUAAGAAGCUGAAAAUUCUCAGAAUUGAUGGUGAAGAUGAGUAUAACUCUACAGAAUUCAGAAAGUUCUGUGAGGAGAAUGGAAUUGAGCAUGAGGUGACUACUCUAUACACUCCUCGACAUAAUGGUCUUGAUGAAGUAAGAAAUGCAAAAAGGACUCUCUUGAAUGACCUGCAUAUUCUGGACUUGGAAACUAUGACUUGGGACGAAAUUGAUGUCGUUGGAGUGCCUCCUUCCCCAAGGUCUGAUCAUGCUGCUGCUGUACAUGUGGAGCGAUACUUGCUCAUCUUCAGAGGGGGUUCACAUGCAACUUGCUACAAUGGUUUACAUGUUCUCGAUUUGCAAACUACGGAAUGGUCUCGCCCCACACAACAAGGUGAGAAACCAACUCCACGUGCAGGACAUGCUGGUGUGAUAGUAGGAGAGAACUGGUUCAUUGUUGGUGGCGACGACAAGAGCGGGGCUUCGGAGACGGUUGUACUGAACAUGUCUAUGCUGGCUUGGUCAGCAGUAACAUUUGUUCAAGGAUGUGUUCCUGUUGCUAGUGAGGGUUUGAGUUUGGUUGUAAGUUCGAAUGAUGGAGAAGAUGUACUUGUAUCUUUUGGAGGAUACAAUGGACGUUACAACAAUGAAGUAUAUAUUCUUAAACUAAGCCACAAAUCCACCUUACAAUCCAAAAUAAAUGAAAAUUCCAUACCAGACAGUGGUUUUGCUGUACCAAAUGCUACAAAUGCUACUCGAGAGUCGGAGCCUGAACUUGGAGCAGACUAG